CCCCCACCGGCACCCCCCCUCCCGUGCAUGCGCGGUGCGGACCGGGUGGGGGGGGGAGGCGCGCCGCCGCUCGCGCAAGCACGGAACCAGAUCGGGCCUCUCCGCGGGCGAGCGGCGAAAGGGUUAAUCCGGGACCUUGCCGACGCCUUCUUGGGAGUCUAUGGUCCGCCCCCUCGGAGCCCUGGCUUGCGCACGCGCGCGCAAGCGCGCGACUCGGGGCGCGCGGAGCCCGCGCGCGGGAGACGGAGUGGGCGGGGCGGAGCCUCGGAGGAACCGAGAAAAGGCACGAGCACCGUCGCGCGUUCCCGCCCCACCGCGAGCUCCCGCCCCCGCUGCCGGCUCCCGCCCGCGCCUGCCGCCGAGGGCUCGGGUGGCGGACUCGCGGAUCCGGUGCAGGCGCAGUCUCCCGGAUGCGGGGAACGGAGCUCCCUUGCAAGUGCGCGGGGGCCGCCCCCGCGUGCGCGCUGGGGUUCAGGCUGGGCGCGCGCGGGCCGGAUCCUGCGAGUAACAGGCUGCGUCGCGGCUCCUGGGGCGCUCCCUGCGCCCUCUGCCUCCGCGCGCACCGGCAACCCCAAGACGCGCGCUCGCGGCCGUGCAAUCUCGGGUCCUGCCUGGCUGUCCCUUGCUAGGUCACAGGAAGUCCUGGGGAUGAGUCUAAAUUAAAGGGCAAUUCUGUGCGAAGGAGAGAGGACCUGAUCCAGACUGGUGACCUCUCCUGUGUUGCCAGCGUCAGCAGUCACUAGGCCCUCAAUAAAUACCAGCCAACAGAUUCAAGCCCAAAUCCACUUCUUGUCCCCACAGUGGACUGUACCAUCUCCCUCAUGAAAAUCAGUGAUCAAGAUGGUUGCCUUCCGAGCUUGUUGAGCUGGCCUUGAUCAUAAGGUCCAGUAUACAGAAAGCCAAAGCUGCUUGUUCUUCUUGACAAAGAUACAAGAAAAUUCUAUUUGGGGAGGAAGAUGCUCACCUAAAUUCUGCUGUAAUUAUGAAAGUUUAUGGGAUUCUAUUUCUGAAAAGGAGAAGAGACAUUUUCAGCUGGAGUCCAUGCCUUCAUGGUGAGGACAUUAGCCAUUCGUUGUUCCAGUCGUAGUGUAAGAAACAAGGUGAAAAGAAGGGGUGCUUACAUCUCAGCACCACUGAAGGCAUUUUCCCUUUGCCAACACUUGCAGGUAGCUUGGAGCUAUCACCUCUGGAUACAGAGAGUCUGCAAGUAUUACACUGUCAGUAAUCAGAGAAAAGCAGUAGAUUUCAGAUACGCUAGAUGGUGAUUAGAAGUGAGUCUCUGAGAGACUCCGAAAACUUCCAGGAAGAGCUAGGUGAUGUCUACAGUGAGUACCCAUGGUGAAAGCAUGCACCACCAUCUGUGUGAUCAAGCUGACCAAUUAAAAGCUGGCCGACAGCAACUCUGAAAUACCUAGGGUGAACUCAGAGUAUGCGGGAAAGCUAAGACAAGACCCAUUCCAUCAACACCUCCAACUACACUACAGAGGGCACACGAUGGUUCUGGUGCUGGAUCCUAUUUGAUGAACUGGGUGAAGGGUGACGUCUCCAUCGGCAGUGCUACUAGGAGUACGGCUAGCUGCAUCCCUCAUAGUGUCCUGGCUACCCACAAUUUAACUCAAGUGGGCCCCCAUUUCUGCCAGGAAUCAGGAUCAGAUCUCACCCAACUUUAGCAUUCAUUUCAAAGCUUUAAUGAACAUAUGUGUGCCUUCACGAAUGCAAAAAAUAAGGUAGGGUUUGUGCCCUCUAAAAAUUCAAAAUCUAGUGAAGUUUUUGGAUGGUUGACCAGGAACCCUGAUUGAUUGAUUCCAGAGGGAUUCAAGCAGUGGGGCAUGCCCUGGGAAUGAGUCUGCUCUGCCUUCAUUUUCAAGAGAAGUGAGUAUUUUAAGCAGGAUCUUGUCCACUUUCAUUUCAGUCAUCUUGCCAAGAUGUGGGUUGCUGGCUGCCCUAGAAAUGGGGCAGCCACAGUGGUUUUUCAUUGUCCGGGCCCAGGGCCAAGAGGUUGAAGCAGCCCAUGGUCUAAAGUUGAACCCCAAAGAUUAGAAACUCGAGAUGGGCUGAUUAAUAGUCUUUCCCUUGGUGCUUGUCAAAAUACCAUGUAUUUGGGACAUACAUCUCAAGCAGUGGUCCAGAGCUACCAUUUAAAAUAUAGUCCAACAGCUGAGACUAAUGAAAAUCACACCGUAAGUCACCAGGGACAUUCUGAAAAUUCCAGCUUUUUAAAAGGCCAGACAUGUAUUGGAAGUUAGGUAGCAGCUCACUUUUAUUCAGGAGGUGACUGGUACAGUUUCCUUCUGGUCCAAAAAUACCUUGUAUCACUUGGCUGAUCAAUACACAAGGACUA